AUGGAGAACAUAAUGCUGAAAGAAGUUCAAUCUGUGGUUACAGUUUGUCAGAGCUGGCGCAGUAAGCAGAAGCCUGGUGCGGAUGUUUGGGCCAUUGUCUACUACUUCAGCGUCACCCAUGUCUCUUGUGACAAUUUGGCUGCCUCUUCGUCUCUAAAAAAUGGAGGUUUGUGGCAGAACACAAUGAACCUUACCCUAUCGGUGUUGCAGUUACCGGGUAGUCGCUUGAAGACAGUUUUCAGUUCUUGGGAUUUUGAUUUGGAAAUGGAAAUACUCAAGCUCGAGAACCAAUUAGAACAACAAAACUUGAUGGAUGAGAUAUCUAGUCUCUCCUCCCCAUCUUGUUGGAGCAAGAAAUACAGUAAGCUCAACAAUUUGAAACCUAUUAAUCUUGGUGACACAUUCGGAUCCCUUGAUCUUUCCCUGUUGUCUCCAUUGAAGGGACACCAUAUUCGUCAAAACCAACUUCGUGCAAGCUAUCCAACGAAUCUUUCAUCAUCUCCGGUGAGGAAUCCCUCAUCAUUUGGUUUUGUUGGGAAAAGACGAGUGGCUCACUCUAUCUUUUUCUCUCUUGAUGGAAAUCUUUUGUGA